AUGAAUAACGUAAACAAAAAAUAUAAAGGGAAAUCAGUAUCAGCAGAACAAAAAAUCGCGUUGGUUGAAUUUAUGGAAGCUCACCCUGAACUUCAAAAAGGGAAAUUUAGUCCAAAUUUUACUCAUAAACAGGCAAAUUAUCUUUGGAAUGAUAUUAGUUUGGAACUUAAUACUAUGAUUGGUGCGAAUAAAAAUGCAGAAAAAUGGAGAAAAUGUUGGAUAGAUAUGAAGUCCAAUACAAAGACUAAAAACGUCCAAUUAAAAAAAAGUCAAAUGAAAACUGGUGGAGGAGAAACAAAUAAUCUAUUUAGUUUAGAGCCAUUAGAUAAAAAAAUUUCAAGCAUCAUUGGUGAUGUUUCAAUCUUUGGACAAUCACAAACAGCUGAGCCAACUGUCAAUUUUGAAGGCUAUAAUUGUGUAGUUAUUGGUUCAGAAAAUAUCGAUCAGUAA